AUGUCUAUAAAAAAUAUAUUUAAUACCAACAACGGCACCUAUAGCAGCACAUCGCAAAAUGUCGUUCCCUACAAAGUAUUCCAUGAUCCAAAAAAACAACUAUUAACUCCCGAUAAUAAAAACGCAUAUGAUAUUUGUUGUCCCAAAACUAAUUGUAAAUGUCUUCUUUUGAGAGCAAAUAUAGCAACUUGGGUUGACCUUCCUAAAGAAUUGUUAGAAUUACCAAGUAAUUUAAAAUCUUUGGCAUCAGAUAAAUCAACCAAUGAUCAUAAUGAUAAUGAACUAUCAUCAGAUUCAGAUUCGCCACUUCAGGGUUAUUGGCAAAUAAACAAUAUGCUUGAAUUUGAAAAUAUUAUAUUUUCUAAAACUGUGGAAGAAACUGGUAUAAAAUAUCUAUUUUGUGCAAAUUGUAUAAAUUGUGAUUUAGAACCUUUAGGAAUCCAUGAUACCAAUGAGAAUAAUAGUAAUAAUGAUGAUCUUAUACAAGAGGCAGGUAUAUUUCUAUUAGCAACUCAUAAAGGAAGUUACGAUAUUGGUGAGGAUGUUAUUAGUAAAAAAUAA